AUGGGUCUAUACAAGGGUCUGGGUGCUGUCCUUGGUGGUAUCAUCCCUAAGAUGGCAAUCCGGUUCACCUCCUACGAAUCAUACAAGCAAAUGCUUGCUGAUAAGGAGACCGGUGCCGUGACCAGCAAAGCCACUUUCCUGGCUGGUCUUGCUGCUGGUGUGACCGAAGCCGUGGCAGUGGUCAAUCCUAUGGAGGUUGUUAAGAUUCGUUUGCAAGCACAACAUCACAGUCUGGCGGACCCUCUCGAUACCCCCAAGUACCGCAGUGCACCACAUGCGCUUUUCACCGUGAUCAAGGAAGAGGGAUUCAGCACUCUGUACCGCGGUGUCUCCCUGACUGCCCUUCGUCAAGGAACCAAUCAAGCGGCCAACUUCACAGCCUACACCGAAUUGAAGGCUUUCCUCCAGAGAGUUCAGCCCGAGUACAGCAACACACAGCUUCCUUCCUACCAGACAACUUUUAUCGGUCUGAUCUCCGGUGCUGUCGGACCUUUCUCCAACGCCCCGAUCGAUACGAUCAAGACGAGACUGCAGAAGACCCGCGCUGAGCCCGGUCAAUCAGCCGUAUCACGUAUCAUGGUCAUCGCGAAGGACAUGUUCAAGCAAGAGGGUGCUCGCGCCUUCUACAAGGGUAUCACACCCCGUGUGAUGAGAGUGGCACCUGGUCAGGCCGUCACGUUCACCGUGUACGAGUUCCUGAAGGGCAAGCUGGAGACCUCCGGGUGGGCUUUCGUUGGUGGAAACUAUGAAGAGUAA